AUGCUCACCGAGCCCAUCCUCUUUACAAAAGAUAAGAGCCUCCAAAGAGCAAAUAAGAUAACGAAAAAACAUUUUCACUUUCUUUUUCUUUCUAUUUCUCUCCAAGCAAUUGUUUCGGUUCAUUUUUCUAUAAUGUCUGGAAUUCGAACAUUUCUUGUCUAUUUCGAGUUGGAAAAAUGUAUUGGAGAACUGGCAGAGCCCAGAUGUUUACAGCUUCCUGAGCAUUUGUGGCGAUUUUGGGAUAUUCUCAUUGCCGAAUUGAAGUCUGAAAUUCCAGAAAUUCGGAAUAAUUUCAAAUUAAAAUAUAACGACGUUGACGGCGCGAUAUUAAAAGUUCGCGGAGCUGAUGACUUUGAAAAAUUCUCGGAGAGACUGGAAAAUACCGAUGAGAACGAGGAAAUUGUAUUAAUACUCGAAAAUAUUUCGUCAAAAAAUGAUGAAUCUUCUGGAAACUCUCAAAACGUUAGAAUAUUUCCAUCAGAAUUGCAACGUGGCAAAUAUGUGGGCAACGGAAUGCAUGCAACAGUGAGAAUGGCACUUCACGAAAAAACACAAAAAUGGUAUGUAAUCAAGACGAUUUUGUCACAAAAUACCGAUAAAACGGAAUAUGAGAAAGAAAUUCUCGCGUAUGAAGAGUGUUCACAAUCCGAUUACGUAGUUGGUUAUCAUGGUUGUGAAGUGAGCAGUAUAAAGAAAGAACUUGUGCUUGAAUAUAUGGAUAAAGGAGAUUUUCGACCAUUUGGUAUUCUACCGUUUUCUGUUCAUCAAAGUGUUGCACUUUCACUUAUUCGUGCAAUUCGACAUGUUUGGAAUAGUGGACCGGGUUAUAUUCAUCGUGAUAUAAAACCGGAGAAUAUUCUUGUAAAUUCACAAGGAUAUGUCAAGAUUUGUGAUUUUGGAGCAGCUAAGAGAAUUGACAAUACAUACAGGAUAGCAUCAUCGGCAGCAGGUACACAAAUGUAUCAAGCACCUGAACAACAGAUGGGACAAGAUUAUAGCGAAAAAGUCGAUAUUUGGUGUUUCGGGCUCACACUUUGGGAAUUUGCUAUCGGUCCGAAUCUGGAAGAAUAUCUCAAUGGAUUGUCAUCUUAUGAAGAGAUUACUGUAGAACCGAUUGAUGGUUUUCCAGAGUCAUUGGCUGUUCUUAUAUCUAAUUGUCUUCGUCGUCAACCAUCGGCUCGUUGGAAUGCUGAUCAAAUUGAACAAAGUGAUUAUCUACGAGAUCUUCCUGAACCGAAUCGUCAAAGUGUUGCUAAUUUUGUGAAUAACUAUUACCAACGGUAGAAAACAGUUUAUUUUGUUUAAGUUCACUCUCUUCUACAAAAUAAAAAAUUUUUGGAUCAAAAAAA